AUUGUCAUUAAAAUUUUAUUUUUAUGACGAAUUAAAUAGUCAUUAUAAUAAUGCUUUUAAAAAAAAUAAACAAAUAAAUAUUACAAUAAACAAUAAAAUAUCAACAUUAAAUUUCUAAAUUAAAGAAAAAUAAAAUAAUAAUAAUGACAAAUGAAAGUGGAAUCAUUACUUUAUCUUCUGAUGAGGAAGAAACACAAUCUGCUCCCUUAGAGACAUCUACAAGUAAUCCAAAUAAAACAAUGACGAAAAUUGAUGAAAAAAAAUUAUCAAAAAAAAGAUCAGGAUCUCCAAUAAUACCUGAUAAAUCAACGAUAAAAAAACGUAUAGUUUUAACUACAAUACAAAAACCUGAUGAAAAUGAUAAUUCAGAUAAAUUAGAUUUAUUAAAACCUGGAUUAGUAGAAUGUGAAAGAAGACCAGUUAAAAAAUCAAGUGAAGAAUUAUUUACAAUGUUUAUUGGACAAUGUCUUAAACGUAAACGUUCACCAUCAAUGGAUAAAAUAGUAUCAAAAUUAAAAAGACAUUAUGAACAAAUGGAUGAAAAAUAUGCACAAUGUGAAUCAUUUAUUAAUUUAUUAAAUGAAAAACGUGAAAGUCUUAUGAAUUCUGAUAAACAUUUAUAUACAAAUAUAUCAUGUAUUGAUGAUGAAAUGAAAAAUUACAAAAAAGGUAAAAAUAAAAUAGCUGAAGUAUAUUUAAGUAUACCAGGACCAUCAACAUCAAAACAAGAUGAUAAUAUUAUUACAAAAACAAUACAACAAACUACAAAUGAUAAAAUGAAACAUGAAAAUAAAAAAGUACAUAAAAUAAUGUUAACAAUGGCAGAAUGUCGUGAAAGAAUAAAAAAAUUAGAAGAAGCUGAAGUUGAUUUUGAUGAUGAAAAUAAUAGUAAUUAUAUUAAAUUAGAAAAAUAUAAAACAAGAAUAACAGAAUUACAUUAUAAACUUUGUGAAUUAACUGGUGAAAGUAAAGAUGCAAAUAGAUCAUAUUUACGUCCAAAACAUUUUAAAGUUACUAAAAUACCAAGUGUUGAUCAAGCUAUUAAUAGUUUUAUAAAUAAAAAAUUAAAAAAUAGAACUGAUAAAACAUAUUCAACAGUAAAUUCUGUUAUAUUUCCUGAUUAUAAUGAUAUAUUUGAUUGUAUUAAUAAUUGUAAUAAUAAACAAAAAUUAGGAAUGACAACAAAAGCAAUGAGAUCACUUGCUAAAAGUUCAUUUGAAGAACUUGGUCAACAAUUACAACGUGAAAGAGAACUUGAUUAUUGGGAUACAUUUUCAAUGUGGUUUAAAGAAGAUGAAGAUCCAGCUAAAAUUAAUCUUGAUUUACGUGCAAAAUUAGAUCGUAAUCGUGAAGAAGGUGAAGAAAAACUUAAAAAAUUAUUUGAUGAAUAUGUUGUUAGACAAGAAAAAGCUAUUGAUGAGCCUGACGAUGAUGAUGAUGAUGAUAACGAUGAUGAUGAAAAAAGUUCAGAAAAAAUGGAUGAAGAUGAUGAUGAAGAUGAUGAAGAUAAUAAUAAUGAUGAAAUUGAUAAUAUUGAUGAUUGGGAAAUGAGUGAUGAAAUUGAAGAAGAAAAAAUGGAUACUAAAAGUGACACAGAACCAAUCAAAGAUAAUGAAAUUAAUGAUAUAGAUACAGAUUGUGAUAAAAAUAAUACUAAAGAAAUAUUAAAUAAUAAUAAAACUGAUGAAAAUAUAAAUAAUCAUGAUAAAAAGAAUAAUGAUAAUGAUGAAGAAGAAGAUGAAGAUGAAGAAUUACAAAUAAUUCAAGAUAAUACAGUUAAAGAAAUAUCAUUUGAUAAUUCAAAACCUCAAGAUAAUAAAAUUAUAAAACAAUUAAUGGAUAAUUCAAAAAUAACUCAUGAUAAGAAAAUUAUAAAAAAACCAAUUGAUAAUAUAAAUACAAGUCUAGAUAAUAAAAUUAAAGAAAAAUCAAUUGAUAAUUUAAAAACAAGUCAAGAUAAUAAAAUUACAGAAAAAUCAAUUGAUAAUUUAGCUGUUGUUAUAGAAAAUAUUCGAGUUGAAUCAUUUAAAAAAGUAGCAGACAAUAUAGUUAGUAAUUUAACAGUUGAUAAUACAGUUGCAAAUGAUAUUGCAGUUGUUAAUUUAACUGAUGCAAAUGAUAUUGCAGUUGUUAAUUUAACUGAUGCAAUUGUUAAUUUAAAUGAUGCUGUUGACAGUAUUAAUAAUACCGUUAAAUCAUCAGUAAAUUCAAUUGAAAAAAAAACAAUUGAUAAAAAAACCGAUGAAUUACCUAAAAAAUCAAAUUUUUUAGAAGUUAUUGUUGAUUCAAGUGAUAUUAUUGACAAGCCUGAAAUUGAUUUAAGAGAUGAUGAAAAAAUUGCACCAACUCCUGAUUCUACAACAUCAGAGUCAAAUAUUGCAUUGAAAGAUAUUGAAGUAAUCGAGGAUAAUAUUGAAACGAAGAUUGAUGAAAAUAUUGAAUGUGAGACAGCAAUAAAACCACAACAACCAAUGUUAAAACUAAGAUCAUUUGCUAAACAACCAGAUUUUUGGAAUAAUUCACAAAAUACUAUUGAUGCUAAAGUUAGUCCAAAAAAAACAGUUAAUAAUGAAGAACCGAUUGUACUUGUUAAUCUUGAUGAUGAUGAUAAUUCAAUUCAAGUACUACCACCACCACCACCACCACAAGUACCAAUAACUACAAGACUUAAAAAUGCAAAAGUAAUUGGUUUAGCAUUAAAUUCAACUGAUAAACAACCAAAAAUAAUUAAAAAAUUACAAUUAAAUCCGUUAGCAAGUCGUUCAUUGAUACAAUUAAAAAAUGCUAAAACUGGCUUACCUCGACUUCUCAAGAGUGGGCCUUCACCAGGUGUAGUUACAGGAAUACGUCAAGUUGUAACAACACAAUCAUCACGUCCAAUUUCAGCAGUUCGUCCAUUAUCAUCAACAAUGGUACGUCCAUCAUUAAUGAAUUCACAACCAAGACCAGUACCAGCACCAGUUCGUCAGCAACAAAGACAGCCAAUUGUUCGUCACGUUGUAAGACCAUUAGGUACAAAUGUUUGUAAAACUUAUGGUUUUACAAAAACAAUAACUACUAAACCAGUACCACAACGUAUAAUCACUGUAAAAAAUACUUCCACAACACCAUCAUCAUCAUCAUCAUCAACAAUAUCAUCACCAACUGCAUUGUCUAGAGUUGCAGUUAGAGCUGAAGGUUCUGGAACUUUAAAUUUAGUUCCAGUUACUUUAAAAAAUGGUACAUGUACAACUAUUAAUCGAACUGUAAAUAAUACAAAAUCAUAAUAAUAUUAAAUUGUUUGUUAAUUAAUUUAGGAUAUUUAUAUAUUUCGAUAAAAAAUUAUUUUUCCACAAUUUCAAUUAUUAUUGUUUUUUUAGAAAUUAAUGUAUAAUAUAAUUAAAAAUAUAACACGCGAAUUAAUAAAAAAAAAAAGAAAAAACAUUUAUUGUAAAAUAUUUGUAAUAAUUUUUUUUGAUAAACCAUUUGUUGGAUCCAUAAGUUUUUCCA